AUGCCGCCGCAGCCUGUUGUUUUGAGGGAGCAAACGGUUUUGGAACGGACCAAGGCCGAGACUCUGUCGGCGGUGCGCAACCUCAAUCUGUGGGGGGAGGGAUUGACGGAUGUGUCUGUUGUUGAAAAGAUCCCUGGCAUUGAAGUGCUCGCAUUGGCCGCCAAUCGGUUGACGACACUGCGUCCUUUUUCUUUGUGCACAUCGCUGAGGGAGUUGUAUCUGCGAAAGAAUGACAUCAAAUCGCUUGCUGAGGUGAAGUACAUAAAGGAGCUUCCAAAACUGCAUACGCUCUGGCUUAUGGAUAACCCGUGUGCAAAGAGCCCCAACUAUCGCAGUUUCGUUAUUCGGUGUUGCCCACAUCUGCGGCAGCUAGAUGACAUUGAGGUCACCGAGAAGGAGCGGGAUGAAAGCGAAAAGGAAGCUUUCAGAAAGUGCAGUACAAUGUAUAUUAGAACACGGGACCAUCACUAA